CGGGUUAGAAAAAAUCUGCCACGAAACAGGGUUUCAGCGUAUGCAUGUCAGACCGUUCGAGGGCUUUGGGGACUAUCAGCCGAGAACGGAGUCCGGUGAAGUGUUUCUGCCUGGCGUUCGACGUGGGCGUGGUCGGGGGAAUGAAGUGGAUGGUACACAACAGGAAGAAAAUCGGCACAAAAAUGGAAGCAUGAACAGGCCGGGAGCAUUGUGGCAUUUUUUGGAACCUCAUCGUGGGAGCAGUUGCAGUGGUUCCACCAUCAAAAAUUUCGAGGACGAUCUGCGCUUUCAAGCACAAGCCCGCAAACGCUUAGGACGACACGCUUUGAUCAGCACGGGUGGUGCGCUAGUAGGCGACUCAUCUUCUGCACCUUUGUCGCCUUCCUCUUUCACUCCUACACUUGAAGAAUGUGCGAGUAGAAGUGCCGAGAAGAACAGAGUUACUAGUACAAUUACAG